ACGUUAUCAGUGUUAUCCCUUAUCACAUAAUGCUUGUGAAUUGUAAAAAUAAAUAUUUAAAAUUUAUCGCAGGAAUUCUUGCCUCCUCACUCCUCAACAUGGCUAAAGUAUUUGGAGUCUUCAAGACUAUAAGGAACAAUUGGAAGAAGUCUGUGUUCUUCACCGCUGUUCUGUCAUAUGGUGCCAAUUUCGCAAAUGAAAAAUAUGAGACUCACAUGUUUAUGUCUCAGUGCUGUAGAACUGUUUCGGCCUAUGGAGAUAUGCCAUUGUCAGUAGACAAAAAACCGAAAAAAGUAACAGUUAUAUUGAAUCCAGCGGCUAAUAAAAGAAACUCUAAAUCUGAUUUUGAAAAAUAUUGUGCUCCUCUAUUAUAUUUGGCUGGUUACUCAGUUACCAUCCUCACAACAGAACGAGAGGGCGGUGCUAGAAGUUUGGUAGAAAAUUUAAUCGGUGAAACAGAUGCUCUUAUUGUAGCUGGAGGUGACGGCACUCUAUCAGAGGUAGUAACUGGAUUGUUAAGACGUUUAAAGGGUGAUACAUCUCUCACAGAACAUUUACCGAUUGGAAUUUUACCGCUUGGACGCACAAACAAUGUCGCUCGACAAUUGCUACAACCCCAGGAUGACAACCAUGUGCAUUUUCUUACCAACGCAACUAUGGCUAUUAUUAAUGAGGUUAAUUCUGCUCAUCCUGUUGUAAAAAUUGAAAAUUUGGAGAGUCCAAAUCCAGAAAAGUGUGUCUAUGCUUUGAAUAGUAUUGAAUGGGGUGCAUUAAGAGAGGCCAAAGUGACCCGUGAUCAGUAUUGGUAUUUUGGUAAAUUAAGAAAUUUUGCUGCUUUUGUGUUUGGCAACCAAUUUCUCCACUACACAGUAGAUGCUGAAUUAGAAUACAGUCCCCCGUGCUCUGGUUGCAGUAAUUGCUAUAGUAACACUGCCAUCAAUAAAUCCUCUAGUUUAUUUUCUUGGAUAAGUUGGGUUUUUACAUUUAAAAGAAAUUCUGGUGGUACAGAUUAUUCAAAAAUAACCAAUCCCGAAUGUAGUAAUUAUUCAAAAGUUCCAAUCAGAACUUUUAAUGUCAAUAUUAAUUUAGAUGUCAAAGAGACACCAGUUUUAAGAAUAAAUGUUGGUCCAGAAAAUAUUUCUUACUCUGAAUUUGUGAAGGAAGGUUAUUUAAAAUUUAGAGACGAAAAUAGUAAAAUUCAAAAUUCCAUUAUAGAAGCUAAAGAUGUGACAGUAACACCUCAUGUUAACGAUGAAAAUAAAUGGCUGUCUAUUGAUAAUGAGGAUUACGAAGUUAAGCCAAUGAAAUUAUCAUUAUUACCAAAUGCGGUAUAUUUAUUCAAGCCUGACAAUUCAAUAAAUCAAAAUCAGUCUCAAAAGAAAAGUGAUCAAGAAUCAAGUUUGUCAUUAGAUAAUUUUAGAAAUCACAUUGGCUUAAAACAAUUUAUUUAAUUAAAUGUUUUUAGUGUGGACUGAAAUAUAUUCAUACACUUAUUAUGUACAUUAUCUUGUACAAUUCUUUGAUUGUUCAAUUUGUAAAACUAGGUACAUAAAUUCUAAUAUAUUAUAAAACUUUUUGUUAUUAAAAGUAUUUCAUAAUCUAAGAAAAAUUGCAAAGAAAAAAAAAUUGACUAGUUAGCUAUAGAAUUAAUACAAUUUUUAUAUUUGGAAUUAAAUGUCCCUAAAAGAGCCAAGAGGUUGGGCAUUAGCAUGUAAUUCUGCUUCACAGUUGCAAAAGCCCCUUUUAAAAGUUGAUGCAGUAACGUCAAAGUUGAGCUCUUCAGCUGGCCACUGCCAUCCAGUACACUAUUUAGUAUUUAUAAAUUAUGUUAGUUUUAAAAUUGAAAUAAAACGGUUAGCUAUAACCUAUAGGUUAGCAACUGCCAAUUUGUUAUCUAUAAUGCUCAAUUUUUACAUCAUAAUGUACCUACAAUUUCUAAAUGACUGCAAUAUAGGAAUGAAAAUGAUUCAUUGUUUUUAGAUUGUAUGUACACUUAAAUGAUAUUUUGAUAUUAAAUAAAGGUAGUUAUUUUUAUUGAACAAAUUAAA